UUUUGCAAUUUCGUAGAAGACCACUUGAGGUGAAAUAAAUCAAAAAUGGAAUCAAAAGACGAUGAUUACUGGAACGACUCCGCCAACAAAUCUUUCAACUUCGACGAAGAUGACGUGGCCAUUCUGGAACUUCCCACCGGAGGAGCUAACCGGCGAAGCCUAUUUGGAGAGGACACCGCCUCGGAAGUGAACUAUGCCUUCGUCCAGAGCGAACUGCCACUGCACAUGAUAAUCGCGGACAGCGAUCUGACGAUGAUUCUGGAGGACCAGUCCCGUAGCGAAAGGGCCAUGCCGAAGGGCGCCAGCGUGGAAGAGGAACUGAAAUUACUUCGCAAGAAGCUGCAAGAGCUUAAUUUUGCUCCAUCGGCACCGUGUGUCGUGGCGAAGCUGAUUUUGGGGAAAUGCUGUUCGCUGGAAAUGUUCCGGUCUCUACAAGAAAAGGAAGCCCUGCUGGACGAGGCCGUGGCCAGUGGGAAUGGGAAUGCCAUACUGAAAGUUGUGCUCUUUUUGGAGAAGACUCUGAAGAAGAAGCUGCUCUACCGAUUGCUUCAAACCAGACCGGAAGCGGUUAGUCAUUACGUGAAUUAUAUGGCGUUGAGGCUCCAGGUCACCGAAUGUACGGAUCUAUUGACGUACCUUGGAAGACAUCAUGAAGCAAGCUUACUCCAGUUCUCUAUCUACGUGCGGAGCACAUCAAAUAUUGAAUUCAAGCGACAACGGUUAAAAAAGAUCUACUGUGACUAUUUCUCCCAGCCAGGAGCAAACAGUUUUUAUGCUCAGCUAGUUGCAAAUUACAUUAACUUGCUAGAUCUCCAAGUAGCGGAACAACACUCGAACAGUUCUACAGCCGGUUCGAUUCUGGACCGAUCCGUCCUGGAAACUCUUUUCUACAUCUGUGGCCGGUACAAGUGGGGCGAUACCUCCCACCAAACCAAUGAAAACCCCUUCAAGCUGGCCGAAGCUCACCAGGUGGCACAAUCCCAGUUCGAGUGGGUAGCUCUGAACGAGAGGGCCAAGAAUCAGGCGUGGAUGGACUUUGAGCACAUCUUCGAGAAGAAGGCGUGGCUCAACUUGAAGCAGAAAUCUCUCAAUAUUCACAUCCCCAUCGAUAAGACAAUCCUGCGGCUUUUCUCGCUUCACGCACCGGAUCCAGUGUUGAACAAUUUCCUCGCCAAAGUGGAAGAUCCUCAGCGAAGGCUUGCCUUGGCCAGGCGAGUCAAUGCCAAGAGGGGAAUAGUGGAUGCGCUGGUUGCCUUGAAGGAUCGAGUUGAGCUGGAAAACUUCGCCCGGUCGCUGGAAAGUGGAACCGAGGAAAGGUACUAUGCGGACAAUGCUUUCAAAUCAUUGAACAAUAAGUGGAAAAGUGAUGCCAUCAAGUUAAUCAAAUAAUUCGAUUUCCUAAGUAUUAAUACAAUUCCAAUCGCCGA